AUGGAUGGGCAUGGAGGAGAAGCUGCUGCUGGGCUCCAGCAGGGUAUUUCUCGGACAUUUUCAGUCUCUGAAGGUGAGGAAGAGUCAGAAGGUGCUGACUCAGCGACCCACGAGAGGGACUCUCACACACACUACAUUGCCAUUCAAAGAAAUUCCAAGUACUAUCGGUCCAUGAGGCUGCCAAACAGAUCAAAGAGAAAGACUGCAAGAGAGGCAAUGCAUGCAGGACGUGCUGCAGGUUCACUCAAAAACAAUGAGUCUGUCAAAGAGCCUCUGAAUGUUCUACCUCCUAAGGGAUCACCAGCUCCUGUAGACUCUAAUGAGACAACUUUAGAAGAACUAUUGAUUCAAAGGCUGCUGCCUUCCUACCCCCGUUACCGUGGCAACCUCCCGGGCUCCCCCAGCCCCGCGCCGCCGCCGCCGCUACCGCCGGAGCUGCUCGGCAGCCGCCUGCCGCCGCCGGCCAUGGAACUGCUGGCCGCGGCGCUCAGCGCCGCCUGCGCCCUCGACCAGGACGGCUCUGCGGGACAGCCCGGCAGGAAUCCCCCCGCGGCCGCCGAGGACAGCCCCACCGCCGCCGAGGCGUCGCCGCCCGCCCACCCCAUGACGGCCGACUCUUGGAGGAACCUCAUCGAGCACAUCGGGCUCUUGUAUCAGGAAUAUCGAGAUAAAUCUACGCGCCAGGAGAUCGAAACCAGACGGCUACAGGAUUCACAGACAGACCCUGAGGAGAGUUCGCCCAGUGAGGAAACCCCACCUGAGACAGAACCUGCAAGUACUCCUGAGAGCAAAGCUGCACCGCAAUUCAAUUUGCUGAGGAACUCCAACUCCAGGUUCAACUUAUGGCAGGACCUGCCGGAGAUCCGGAGCAGUGGGAUCCUCAGCAUCCUCCAGCCGGAUGAGAUCAAGCUGCAGGAGGCAAUGUUUGAGCUGGUUACUUCCGAAGCCUCGUAUUGCAAGAGUCUGAAUCUGCUGGUGUCUCAUUUCAUGGAGAAUGAGCGUCUGAAAAAGAUCUUACACCAGUCUGAGGCACACAUCCUCUUCUCCAAUGUCCUGGAUGUCAAGGCUGUUAGUGAGCGCUUCCUGCUGGACCUGGAGCGACGGGUUGAGGAGAAUAUUGUGAUCUCGGAUGUGUGUGAUAUUGUGUACCAGCACACAGUUGAUCACUUCUCUGUGUACAUCACCUAUGUCUCCAACCAGACCUACCAGGAGAGAACUUACAAGCAGCUUCUCCAGGACAAGCCAGCUUUCCGGGAUGUGAUCACACAGCUGGAGCUGGAUCCCAUGUGCAGAGGCUUAUCCUUUUCUUCCUUCCUGAUUCUGCCAUUUCAAAGGAUCACUCGGCUCAAGCUACUGGUGCAGAAUAUUUUGAAGAAGGUGGAAGAGAAAUCGGAGAGGGAAACCACUGCCCUGGAAGCACAUAAGGAGCUGGAAACAGUGGUGAAAGCAUGCAACGAAGGAGUCAGGAAGAUGAGCCGAACUGAGCAGAUGAUCAGCAUCCAGAAGAAACUGGAAUUUAAGAUCAAGUCUGUGCCCAUCAUCUCUCACUCCCGCUGGCUGCUGAAGCAGGGGGAACUGCAGCAAAUGAACGGCCCAAAGACGUCGCGGACGCUGCGCACCAAGAAACUCUUCAGAGAAAUCUACCUGUUCCUUUUCAACGAUCUGCUGGUCAUCUGCCGGCAAAUUCCAGGAGACAAGUACCAAGUGUUCGACUCAGCACCCCGGGGGCUUCUUCGGGUGGAAGAGUUAGAAGACCAGGGGCAGAGUUUGGCCAAUGUCUUCAUCUUAAGGCUGCUGGAGAAUGCUGAUGACCGGGAGGCCAGUUACAUGCUGAAGGCAUCGUCGCAGAGUGAGAUGAAGCGUUGGAUGAUUUCACUGGCCCCAAACCGGCGAACCAAGUUUGUUUCAUUUACAUCCAGACUUUCUGAUUGCCCACAGAUCCAGUGUGUCCACCCCUACGUGGCCCAGCAGCCGGAUGAGCUGUCCUUGGAGCUGGCUGACGUCCUCAACAUCCUGGACAAGACAGACGAUGGCUGGAUAUUUGGGGAGCGGCUUCACGACCAGGAGAGGGGCUGGUUCCCCAGUUCUAUCGGGGAGGAGAUCCUGAACCCCAAAAUCCGAGCCCAGAACUUGAAGGAAUGUUUCCGGGUGCACAAGUCAGAUGACAGCCAGCGGAGGAAACUGGGAAGCAGGAACCGCCAAUAACUGCUGGCAUCCCCGAGCGUGGGGAGCGCCCCUGGGAGAGGGGCAGAGGACAGAGGCUGCCAGCUGGGGGGACACAGCAGCAGUACUGGGGGCUGUGGCACGGGACCUGGUGUGCCACACCAAGCAUGUCCACCCUUGAACGCAUGGACCUCAGUUCCCAGGUGGCCUGCUGUGCUUUUUGCAGUGCUGAGCCCUCCUUGGAGAGCAGUGCUUCGAGCUGGCUGAAAUCACCCCUUUCCAAAGAGCAUGAGCCCAAACUGG